AUGUUGAGACAGCCUGCCUGCCUUCCCCCGGCGAAGCGGAGCAAGCAGACAUAUGACUUGAAGCUUACAGAGGAAGACUUCGCCGAUGAUCAGAAGCAGGAAGUUGGAUCUCCUGAUGAACAAGAAGUUUGGUCGCCUUCGUCGCCAGAGACUGAUUGCCGAUACUCCCCGAUUCCUUCUGAGGAGGACCAGCUGAAAACAGUCCUUGCGAAUCGGAAUGUAGAGCCUAACACAGGCAUUUCUCUUCCCAAUGAUGAGACAAACAGAAAACCAACCAACCGCUCGGUUCCCGAAAUGUCAUUCUCGAGUGUGAUAUCAUCCCUUUGCCCAUCUAGAGCGAAUGACUUUGAAGGGGAGAUGGUCCCUUCAUGCAUGCAUGAAGAGUUUCCCAUCGCAAAUAACUCGGCCGCGCAAAGUUUCAACGGGAGUUCACUCGGCUCGGAAAGCACUGACGAUACUGAGAGCGCAAAGGCGCACUCCAUAAAUUCAAGGAGGACCGUAGGCUCCUGCAGCUCCUCCGAGCCUGCUGAGUCACCGAGGAAUCAAAGAAAGGCGCCGAACCUUAACGCGUCGGACUUCAGUGUCAGUCAUCCCGAGGGCAUGUCGUUCGAUAGCAUUUUUGGCACCGGCACUGAGGAAACCGAAGACAUCUGGAAAAGCAAGGACGCAAACGAUAAAGAGAAAUGCUCUCCAAAUGACAAUGCUCAGGAUUCUGGCGUGGCAGCCAAUGGUGAGUCCACUUCCUCCAAGCGCUCCAGGAACAGAGAUAUAGACAACGUGACAUGGCGCCGGCGGAUUGCGCAGCUGAUGGUGUUCAAGCAGAAACAUGGACAUGUGAUGGUAUCGCAGAGUCAGAAAUCUCCUUUCUUCGACGGCUCGCUCGGUUCCUGGGUCAGCAAUCAAAGGGCUCUCCUGCACAAGGGCGAAUUGCCAGAGCACAGGAAGCGCUGUUUGGAUCUUCUUGGUUUCUGUUGGGAUGCCCGGAAGAAAAAUGGACAGCCGCGUGCCAAGCGUAUUUCAAAGAUGAACCAGACCAGUGGAGAUGUCAAGAACCAAGACCCACCAGAGCCGUAUUAUGAUGGAUGCAGAGUGGAAGUGAGGCUGAAAGACGGCAAAUGGUACAAAGGUGCUGUGAGCAGCCUCUGCCGCAUGAAGAAGUUUGUCAUCCAGAUGGACGACGGAGCUGAAGUGUACAAGAAGCUUCCUUCUGCUGGAGUGCAUGUCUUGAAGGACAAUGAAGGCCAGAACACGACGAAUGAGGAGGAAGGCUCACAACCCCUUGAAGAGGAGAACGAGGGGGACAGACAUCUGGACGAGGAUGACUUUGGAGAUGAGAACCUCGAUGAGAACGACGAGUUCUCGGAUCUUGACGACUGCGACAGUCCCAACUCAACAUCCACUCCAGACAGUCUGAGCAAUGGAUCCAGCGUGUUGAACGAGGAUUACAAAAGUUUCGAUUCUCUUGCUCGACUGGAUGAAAACUGUGCCUCCCCAGGCACAGAUGAUGAGCAUGACAUCUGGAAUGUCAACCACAAGCUGGGAGAGCAGGAGAGGUGCGAAGACGUGAUCGAGGAGCAGGCUCUGCCAAGCUGGAACGUGGAGACGAGCAAGUGGAUGGACAUCGAUUCGUCGAUGCUGCACCCAGUGCACGUUGACGAGAUGUUCCCGCCUCAGACUCUAGAGCUGGACACGAAGCUGAAGCUGCUGGAGAGCUUUGAGAUAUGA